AUGGCACCCGUAGCGCUCUCGCGCGCUGAGCGGAGCUAUGUGUUGGACGCGCAGAGGUCGGAUGGAAGAGGUCUGAGGGAUGUGCGCCCCAUUCAGCUGGAAUCGUCGAUGUCGCAGCAGGCUGAUGGGUCAGCACGUGUGGUGCUGGGCAGCACGGAGGUGAUGUGUGGCAUCAAGGCCGAGGUGGAAUCUUACUUGUGCCCCCAUGUGGGCUUAGAGCAGGAUGGAGAGCCAUCACAGCAGCGCUUUGCUCCAUGGCUGCCACCGCGUCCGCGCAUUGAAGUGCUCGUCGAGUAUUCGCCUGCUCUUUUGCACGAGCACAGUGCCCCAGAGCUCGGCAUGAUCACAGGUACUGUGCAGGAUAUGGUGCAAGCGUGUUUUGCUCCAUAUGGUGACAAAAUUGGGCCAUUUGAUGCACGACAAUUUGUGGUGGUGCCCUAUGCCAAGUUUUGGCGUCUGUAUCUCGACGUAUAUGUGCUAUCUUGGAGCGGCGGUAAUGUGCUGGACGCUGUGUUUGCCGCCGUGUUCUCAGCCCUCUGGGAUGUGCGUAUCCCAGUGACACAGGCCCUGUCUAUUGAUAGGGCCUCGCAGGGUGUCUCUACGGAUGCCACGGACCCAGCCGGCAUGAAGUUCCUCACGCGUGGCCGCCAAGCGACGGGCGGUGCAGCGAGCUCUGCGUCCAGCGGCACCGUAACGCAGGCUGUGGACUUUGCCCUGACGAGUGAGUGGGAUGAUGGGCAUACCCUAUAUGGGCGCGAAGAAGUGCCAGUCUGUGUGUCUGUGUACCCUGUGCAGGGCACAUUUCUUCUGGACCCCACGCUCGAGGAAGAAAGUGCGCUAUCAUCGAGCGUGGUUGUAUUCGCGUCUCAGAGUGGGCGCGUGUACGGUGUGCGGCAACGAGGUGACGCAUCCCUGAGUCUGUCGGCGGUGCAUGAAGCGACGGACAUAGGUGUGUACUACGCACGGCAACUCGCGCAAACUCUGCAAGGCUUUUUGUCGUAG